AAGAUUGCCGCGCGGAUGCUCUGGCAGAUCCUUCACGGCAGCUCCAUGAGCCGCCGGGAACGCAGACAGUUCCUCCGGAUCUGCGCUGACCUCUUCCGCCUGGUCCCUUUUCUCGUCUUCAUCGUCGUUCCUUUCAUGGAGUUCUUGCUUCCCGUAGCCUUGAAGCUGUUCCCCAACAUGCUUCCUUCCACAUUUGAGACAAACUCUAAGAAGGAAGAGAGGUUGAAGAAAGAACUGAGAGUAAAGCUCGAAGUGGCUAAAUUUCUUCAAGAUACCAUCGAAGAGAUUGCCUUAAAAAAUAAAGCAGCUAAAGGGAACGCUACUAAAGAUUUCUCAACCUUCUUUCAAAAGAUACGCGAAACUGGCGAGAGGCCAAGUAACGAAGAGAUUCUACGAUUUUCUAAACUGUUUGAAGACGAGCUGACCCUCGACAACCUCACACGGCCCCAGCUGGUGGCUCUGUGCAAACUCCUGGAACUUCAGUCGAUUGGGACAAACAACUUCCUUCGCUUCCAGCUAAUCAUGAGACUGAGAAGUAUCAAAGCAGACGAUAAACUGAUCACCGAGGAAGGCAUGGAGAGCUUGACGGUAAAAGAGUUACAAGCAGCCUGCCGAGCGAGGGGCAUGCGAGCCCUCGGGGUCACGGAAGAGCGCUUAAAGGAUCAGCUGAAGCAGUGGUUAGACUUGCAUCUGAAUCAGGAAAUCCCAACUUCCCUGCUGAUAUUAUCCAGAGCUCUCUACCUCCCGGAAACGCUCUCGCCGGCUGACCAGCUGAAAACAACGUUGCAAAUACUCCCCGAGAACGUGGCAAAAGAGGCCCAGGUGAAAGCGGCAGAGGUCGAAGGAGAACAGAUCGACAACAAAGCCAGGUUGGAAGCAACUCUCCAAGAGGAGGAAGCCAUCAGGAAAGAACACCACGAGAAAGAGUUGGAAAAGCUCUCCGAAGCGGCUGAAAAAGCCAAAGAGACUCUCCACGCGGCGGAAAGGGUGAAUGCCGCCGCUGAACGAGAACUGGCAAAAGUGAAUUUAGCCCUGGAGGCAGAGGUUUUGAAAGAUACGGCCCCGGUAUUGGAAGGCACGAAGGGCGAAGAAAUAACAAAGGAAGAGAUUGACAUGCUAAGCGAUGCUUGCACGAAACUGAAGGAACAAAAGAAAUUGCUGACAAAGGAGAAGGAGGAACUGGAGGACCUCAAGGACGACGUGCAGGAAUACAGCGAGGAUCUGCAGGAAAUCAAGGAGUUGACCAAGAGCGGGCCAGAAGACCUCGUUGAGGAAUCCAAAGCCAGCAAGAGGCUGACUAAAAGAGUGAACCGAAUGAUCGGGCAGAUGGAUAGAAUUAUUCAGGAGCUGGAGAGAGACCAAAAGAGCGGGGAUGCUAGCGCCCCCAUUGGGGAGAACCUCAUCAGCAUCCACGACCUCAUUAACGUGUUGAAGCAGCUUCAGGAAAUCCCCGAAAGCAAACUGAACAAGCUGGCCGAAGCGCUGGAUGAAAACAAGGACGGCAAGAUCAACCUGGAUGACGUGGUCAAGGUGAUAGAACUGAUCGACAAGGAGGAUAUUGAUAUCUCCACCAAGCAAGUAGCAGAGAUCGUGUCUCUGCUGCAGAAGGAAGAAAAACUAGAAGUAAUGGAGAAGAGCAAAGAAAUUGGGGAGAAGGAAGCUGCGGAAGUGAAGAAUUAACCUCCACAGAAGUUCAACGGUUAAAUCGAAUAAGACCUCAUGGGCACCUUAGUCAGCACUUAGUAGGGGCGAGAUGAAGACGCC